AAAUGAACCAAGUUAAACUAGAUUGUAACGGCGAAAUUGCAUUGUAUAUUGAUCUAAUUCAAAUAACGCUCUCCAAGCUUCGGCGCUGUUAACAAGUGUAAUUCAUUUACCACGAAAUGGCGAAGUCGAGUGCAAAACCGCGUACCAACUUAACAGAGGAAGAACUUUAUGAGAUAGAGAAACAAGAGUUUGAAACUGGUCCUCUUUCUGUGCUGACAAAUGCAGUUAAGAACAAUACCCAGGUACUAAUCAAUUGCCGAAACAAUAAAAAACUCUUAGCUCGAGUAAAAGCAUUCGACAGGCAUUGCAAUAUGGUAUUAGAAAAUGUCAAAGAAAUGUGGACUGAAGUGCCUCGACCAGGUAAAGGUAAAAAGAAGUCCAAACCGGUAAACAAGGAUAGAUUCAUCAGUAAAUUGUUUUUACGUGGCGAUUCCGUUAUUCUUGUUCUUCGCAACCCUUUGGCUACUGCUGCAGCUGCUCCUAGACCAUAAGUAUUCCCUCGUAUCCAUCCUGUAAUUCUGAUAUAUUGUUUUAUAAAUAAAUUUGAACCGAUGUUCUCUUAUUUUUUAAA